AUGCCAGCACCAGCUCCGGCACCAGCUCCACAGCCCGUAAUCGCACCCAUCGUAGUUCCUGUUUGUUGUCCUUGUCCUGCACAAGGUGGUGUAAUGGCACAGCCUGUAGCUCAACAACCGAUGGUCCAACAGCCAAUGAUCCAACAGCCUGUAAUGCAGCAACCAAUGCUGCAACAAGCGGGGAUCGAUGAAAACAUGAUACAGCAAGUGGUUGGCCAAGCGAUGCAGUCGAUGCAGCAGCAGCCUAUGGUCAAUGGUAUGAAUGGUAUGGUCAAUGGCAUGAAUGGAAUGAUGCAACAGAAUGGAAUGCAACAGCCGAUUGUGCAACAGUCUGUGGUGCAACAACCAAUGCCACAGCAAGGCGUAGUCGCCGGCCAGGAGAUAUACAAUGUGCACUUGAUACCAGAGCCAAUUAUUGAGCAACCUCCGGAGUCUACAGGUCCAAAUGUGCAGGUGCACAAUCUUGGUGCAGGUGGACCCGUUGGUAAUGGUAAUGCUGGAUGUGCUGCUUGCAACGGGAGGUGGUGA